CCAUUAUCACCUAAGCAGCUUUCUAAUACCGCAAGUCUAUUUCCAUCCCUACAAGGCUAACUACCACAAGAAACCAUGUCAAGAUAGUAUGUCGAAACGAAUAAAAUAUCUAAAAGGAAGUUUGUCCCUCUUUGUCGUGAUUAAUUGAAAGAGCAGCUCGGUGCACAAAGCACCAUGUUCACACAAGGUUCGGGGAAGGGCUGCACUCCAAGGGGUGUAAUGUAGGCACCAUACCCUGAUGCAAGCAUUAGUGGCUGAUUCCACAGCUCGAACCCAAAACCUAUAGGUCAUACGGAGACAACUUGCGUGUUGCUCCAAGGCUCACUUCCUUAUCAUAGUUAAUUGAAGAAAGUAUUUACAGCAGGGAAAAACAAGAAAAGCGUCAAAAAUGCAUAUAUUAAAAGGCAGAAAAACAGAUCUUUUUCCUGUGCUAAGACAGAGAAGAAGUGGGAGUGCUUCGUUGUUUCUUGAGUUGUUCAGAAAAUGGGAGCUGAGGUGAGUAAACAGGUGGAAAGACGAAAAUCUAUUCAUACUCAGAAGAAAAUCUUGUAUGAUCUCAAGGAGAAAAAUGGAUGCAAUUUCCCUGGUUGUGAUUAUCAUGUACAAGACAGAAAAAAUUGGAUGUCAGCACUUAUCCCUGAGAAACUCCACGUCAACAAGAUUGUUUGGUCAGGCACACAUGAUUCAGCAACUAACAAGAUUGGAAUCCCAUUCAUCUCUCGCCCUUUUGCUCAAUGCCAAUCUUUGUCCAUUUAUGAGCAACUAGUAAUUGGCGCUCGCGUUCUUGACAUCCGUGUUCAAGAAGAUCGCCGUAUAUGCCAUGGCAUCCUUCUUUCCUACAACGUUGACGUCGUUAUCAACGACGUCAAGAAGUUUCUGUCCGAAACACAUUCGGAGAUAAUAAUCCUAGAAAUUCGUACUGAAUUCGGCCAUGAUGAUCCCCCGGAUUUCGACAAGUACCUAGAGGAUGAGCUAGGGGAACUUCUCAUCCACCAAGAUGACAAUGUUUUCAACAGGACAAUUGCAGAAUUAUUGCCAAAGAGAAUAAUAUGUGUUUGGAAACCAAGAAAAUCACCUCAGCCAAAACAUGGAAGUCCAUUAUGGAGUUCAGGUUACCUAAAAGAUAACUGGAUAGAUACCGACUUACCUGAAACGAAGUUUGAGAGCAACAUGAAGCAUUUGAGUGAGCAGCCACCUGUAACAUCUCGGAAAUUCUUUUACAGGGUGGAGAAUACGGUCACGCCACAGGCUGAUAAUCCGGUCCUGUGUGUGAAACCUGUGACUGAUCGGAUUCAUCCAUAUGCGAGGCUGUUUGUAAUGGAAUGUAUUUCUCGAGGUUAUGGUGAUCGGUUGCAGAUAUUUUCAUCAGACUUUAUAGAUGAAGAUUUUGUGGAUGCAUGCAUUGGUCUUACAAAUGCAAGGAUUGAAGGGAAGUUCUGAAUCUGAAUGAAUGUUUACGUCUAAAUAGUAUAUAUACGUAUGUAUUUCAGAAAUUUUAGUUAUAUGUAUAUAGUUUGAGUAGCAAGCAGGAGUACACCCCUACUUGCUGAAGAUGGAUUAUUCUCUAGUCUGUAUAUAGGUCUUGUACGGUCCAACUUGUUUGAGAUCGAGACGUAAUUGUUAUUGUAAUUCGUUUUCUGUUGUAAGAUUAUUUUGAGGAAUUGAACAUGACAUAUAAGAAGAAAUACACUCUUAGCUUCAUUUCCAA